AUGUUGGACUACACCGCCUUGCGCGGCGCGGAUCCCGCCGCAGAUGCCGCCGCGUUUUUCGAGUUCGUUAAGAAGAGCCUCCACGUGGAGGUCACGAAGGCCCAGCUGGUGGACAAGAUGAAGAGGUUAAGAAAGAAGUACAACAACAAUGCCGGACGAGGAAAGAAAGGCAAAGACCCGACCUUUUCGAAACCCCACGAACAAAAGACUUACGAGUUGUCGAAGAAGAUUUGGGGCUCCGUUGAAGCUGCUACUGGGACUGAGAAAGCUAAGGACAUCAACAAUAAUAAGGACAUCAACAAUGGGAAAGCUAAAUCUAAGGACAACAAAAAUGGGAAAGCUAAGGCUAAGGACAACAACAAAAAUAAGAAUCAGAAAGGUAACAGUUUGAUUAGGAGUUUGAAGGAGGAAUUGACGGAGUCGUCUCCGGUUUUGUACAAGUAUGGUGAGAAGAUGGAGAUUGAUGGGGAGUUUGGUUUUUUGGAUCUCUGCUCUGAGGGAAGACUGAAGAGAAAGGGAUAA